UGGAUUUUCCCACCUGCGGCGUCUGUCACCCGGCCCCCUCCGCUUGUUUUUGCGUGAUUUUGGUUAACACGGAUAACGCAAGAUUUUUUAAAUAUUCUAUACGAGCUCCCGCGUCCCAAAUUCUUUCAUCAGUUGACACUCAUUUCCAUCUACGUCUCGAUGGACAGCGCCAGCUCCGACCACUUGCUCAUGUUUUCAGCGUGUCUCAUCGUCCGUUCUGCAUUGCACAGCGCUUUUAUUCAGCGCCAUGUGCCACAUGCCUGCCGCAGUUGCUUCCUCCAAGCCCUACGCGUGGACACGCGUGGACCAUGCGCCGGCUCAAGGUCAUUCAUUGCCGCGUGUCCCGGAGUCCGCCGAGGCGAUAGCUGACGCGCCGGACGGAGAGACCUGCUACGCUCUCUCCGCAUGCCCCUUGUCAAAUGCCCCUCCCUCUCCUCCCAGGAACUGCGUGCUUGGUCGUUGAUUGCAACUGGGCCGGGCUCAUCCAGUUUGUCGUGCGUGCUAACAACGACAGCGUUAUCUCGGAUCUUUCUUGCGCUAGUGGCGCGUCGCACGACCGUCGACACACACAUCCCGAGUCUACACGGAGCUCGCCGCCAUCCGGCAUACCGGCGCAAACGGACCGUCGCACAGAGCGCACUCGACGUGGAUACGUUGACCUCUGCGAUCGCACCAGAAGAUGGCAGAACGCAAACUUAACUUUUCGGCAGGACCGUCAGCCGUGCCGCUGGAAGUGAGGACCUUUAACAGCCCUGCAUAUCUGCGUACUUCAAGUGGCGCAGAAAGAGAUGCUGAAUUAUAAAGGAUGUGGAGCCAGCGUUAUGGAACUGAGUCACCGGUCAGCUGAGUUUGCAGAAAUUGUGGAGACUGCCGAAGCCGACCUAAGAGAUCUGAUGGGCAUUCCUUCAAACUACAAAGUGAUCUUCAUGCAAGGCGGGGGCACUGGCCAGUUCAGUGCCAUCCCACUCAACCUAUGUCCACGAGGCAAAGAGCAAAAGGCUGACUAUGUUGUCACAGGCACUUGGUCAGCCAAAGCAGCCAAAGAGGCCGAAGCUCAUAUCCAGGUCAACAGAGUCCUUCCCAAGGUUGACAAGCACGUGGGCAUUCCACCACAGAGUGAGUGGAAAUGCAGCCCAGAUGCAGCCUACCUCUACUACUGUGACAAUGAGACCAUUCAUGGUGUCGAGUUCAACUUUGUCCCAGAGAGUGGAUCUGUGCCCUUGGUGUGCGACAUGUCUUCUAACAUCUUAACAAGACCUGUUGAUGUGUCAAAGUAUGGCGUCAUCUUUGCGGGCGCCCAAAAGAACCUUGGCAUGGCUGGUGUCACAGUUGUCAUUAUCCGAGAAGACCUGAUCACCCCACCAUCAGCCCACUGCCCGAGUGUGCUCAGUUACAAGAUCAAUGCUGAGAACAAGUCGUUAUACAACACACCUCCCACAUAUGCCAUCUACAUCCUGGGCCUGGUCCUCAAGUGGAUCAAGCAGAAUGGCGGCGUAGAAGGCAUGGCAAAGCGAUCAGCAGAGAAGUCCAGGCUCAUUUACGAACUUUUUGACAAGUCUAAUGGCUUUUAUGUGUGCAACGUGGACCGUGCACAUCGAAGCCGUGUUAACAUUCCAUUUCGUAUCGGGGGAGCACAAGGUGAUGACGAGCUUGAAAAACUUUUCCUCAAAGAAGCCGCCAAAAGAAACAUGAUUCAACUGAAGGGACACAGAUCAGUUGGUGGCAUUCGUGCAUCAGUUUUUAAUGCCAUGAGCGUGGAAGCACUCACACCAUUUUUGGAAUUUGCGAGAGAAUUCGAAAAGGAGCACCAUAAAUAGCCUCAGCAUUACGACCAUUCCAUGGAAGUUGCAGGACAACAGAGUCACAUUGCCCAGACCCACACUAUGUUAGAGUGGCCACAGUGACUAGUGCUGUGGGCCCUCAGAAUACAAGUACACGCAGUGUGGAUUAUUAUUGCAUGCAUUUUAUGGUUUAUACAGACAAGCAGCUUAUUAAACAGUGCCUUGGAACUUUUCUUC